GGAUCAAUGAAAGCGCAGCCGGGAGUUGUGUGUGAGUGUGUGUGAGUGUGAGUGUGUGUAUAUGUGUGUGUGUGAGUGGGAGUCCACCAUAAAACUUCAAGCAAAGUCAUAUAUAGAUGAUAAGAAGACAAUACGGUAUGCGGCUGUGAUUUGAAAGCGUGUGUUUAGAGACCCGGAUUCAGUGUUAUGGAGUGGUGCGAGGUGUACAGCACUGAACCGAUCACCUCAUUUAAGUGGGAAAGGUCUCUGUUCCUGGUGUGAACGACCUUAACAUCAACAAAGCUGUUGUUGUAAAAAAGAUGACAGAAGGCAUGGCUAACUGGAUUCUGUCUAAAUGGAAACUCUGGCUACUAGUUCCACUAGUGUUGGACUCUUUUACUAAAGCCCAAAACCUGAAACCUACAAGAUGGCCUCUAUACCAGGGUAAGCCUUUGUUGCUAGCCUGGAAUGCCCCCACUGAAGACUGUCGGCCACGCCACAACGUUAAUUUUCCGCUGGACCAGUUCCAGAUUGUGGCUUCACCAAAUGAAGGUUUCACCAAACAAAAUCUCACCAUUUUCUAUAAGGAUCGACUUGGCCUGUACCCGUAUUUUAAUACUGACAAGAAUCCGGUGAAUGGUGGCCUUCCUCAACUUGCCAGCCAGACUAAGCACCUUGAGAAGAUGUCACAAGACCUCGAGAAAUACAUUCCUAACCCAGCAGCUAAAGGCCUUGCUGUGUUCGACUGGGAGGAAUGGCGCCCCCUAUGGAUUAGAAAUUGGGAUUCUAAGAACAUUUACAAAAACCAGUCUCAGCUCUUGGUGUCCAAAAAGAACCCGACGUCGGACCCAGCUCGGCUAACAAAGGUGGCUCAACAAGAGUUUGAGAUAUCAGGGCGCAAUUUUAUGCUUGAGUCCUUGCGGUUGGCCAAACAUCAGCGUCCAAACCAGCUGUGGGGAUUCUACCUGUUUCCUGACUGCUACAACCAUGAUUACCUCAAAAGCCUAGAGAGCUACACAGGCCGUUGUCCUGACCCAGAGAUAGCCCGGAAUGACCAGCUGACUUGGCUGUGGACAGAAAGCACAGCACUUUUUCCAUCUGUCUACAUAGGUUCAGUGUUGCGUUCAACUGCGUUUGCUCGCCAGUUUGUUCGGAACAGGGUGAAAGAGGGCAUGAGAGUAGCAUCUUUGGGCUCUGACCUGGCACGCCCGGUGUUUGUGUACGUCCGUCCCACGUACAUCAACGAGCUGGCCCUUCUUACUGAGGUUGACCUGAUCUCCACCAUUGGAGAAAGUGUGGCACUGGGUGCUGCUGGCAUUAUACUUUGGGGAGAUGCCAAUUAUUCAAGCAGCAGUGUGAUCUGUAGGAAGCUGGCUGAGUAUGUCCAGGGGCCACUGGGCCAUUACCUCCUCAAUGUUUCCAGUGCAGCUGAACAGUGUAGUCAGUCAGUGUGUGGCUCCCGUGGCCGCUGUAUGCGCAGACAACCAGACUCAGAUACAUACCUGCACCUGGACCCUCAGAGUCACAGGAUUGUGAUGCAGGGGAAACGCCUGGCAGUCGAAGGACACAUGGGAUCUGAGGAAUUAAAACGCAUCAGGGAAGAUUUUAUCUGCCAGUGUUUUAGCGGCUAUCAAGGGUCUUACUGUGAGCUGCCCGAUCCCCGGUAUAACAGAGGGCAGGGGCACAAACUGCAUGUAUCGUGGAGCUCCUGUCUUCUCUUUUUGCUGCUCACAUUAUUGAACUGAGUAUUCAGAAUACUGGACAUUUAUACAGCCUGCUGUGGACAGUUUUUCAUUCUCUGUGACACAAAGGAAGCAUUUGCUUCUGUCAAUUUUUUUGUAAAAUUCAAUCUUAUUGUACAGUUUCUAAUGUUCUUUUUCUUUUUGCUACACAGAUUUUAUUAUAAUUUAAUUUUUAUAGAAAUAUUUGAGGGUGUUCAACGAAAUAUCUAGAAAAACUGAUUGAAAAACUGAUUUUUUUUUAAAUGUCCGUCUUUAGCCUAAUGGCAUUUUGUAUAAUUGGAAAGUUAAAUGUAAAAGAUAUGUGGGUGUCCCCAAUGAGUCAACAAUGCUGAUAAGAAAUGAUAUAAGCACAGAAAAACUAGUCCAAAUAGGCACUUAUGUUUAUUAUUUUAGAUCAUGGAUUCACAAACAACAUAAAAAAUCAUCGAAUCAUCAUCAUACAUAUAAAUGAUACACUGUCUCUAAUUUAAAUUGAUGUUAAUUAUAUUAAUUAUUGAUUUUUUUAUUGUGGUGAUUUAAGUGCUGUGGUGUGAUCACUUAAACAAUACCAGGACUUUUUAUUUUUGCAGUCAUAUAGACCUGAUUCACACAUAUUUUCUAGGUUUACACUCACUACACUCUUGCUAUUUAAUAAAUAGUUGUGUCUCUGAAAUGUAUAAUUGUUUGUCUGUUAAAUGUGUAGGUAUGGCAAAAAAUAGAAAGGAAAAAAGGGAGCACUUGUGGUUAAAUAUUGUGUUAUGUGUUAGUGUACAUAUUAUACCAUUUUAUAGAUAAAACAUAAUCUAUACACCAGAUAGACUCCAAAUAAAUGGUCACCACUGGUCCACCACCAGUCUAUGUGGAA